CCCUCCACCCUUGCUCUGCAGCCUCUACUUUAGUUAAUCCGCUCUGCAUAUACAUCCCCCAGUAAUUUCCAAUGUAUUGAGAGAAAUUUUGUAUUCAAAAAGUUACACUGAUUAUUAAAAAAUUCAGUGGAGAAAUAAUUGUCUGAGUGAAGCUGUACAAUCAACAUGUCGAAUCAUUCAUUGAUAAUUAAAUCCGGCUUUUUGCGGGCGCCAUUAGCCAACGGUAUUGGACGUUACAUCGGACAAUUACAGCGAAUAACAAUCAAAUUCUGCAAACAUUCGGGGAGCAGUCGUGGAUUGAGGGAUUUUUUAGAAAAUGAUCUCCUCGAUUUUGCCAAAGAAAAUCCGGGAGUUGUGGUGUAUGUCAAACCAAGAAGACAUCGAACCCCUGUCCUGGUGGCAGAAUAUCUUAAUGGAGAGAGACACUGGUUGCACGUAAAGGACUUUCCAAAGGAAGAUAUUAUCAAGUGGAUUGAACUUCUGAGAACACAAUCCAAGGAUGGAUCUCAGCUGAGAUUACGAAAGAUGUUCCAUACUGAAUUCCCGACCAUUCAAGGAGCAUGGACUCCCUACACCUUCAGAAAUCCCAUGUGGAAUGUCACGAAAUUCCCAGACAGUACCAUUGGUAAUUUGGUACCCCGUGAGCAGACAGCAACGCAGAAAUUAUUAGAAAUCUUCAAAGCCCAGAAAGCGCAAAAAGUAGCCCAGCUCGAGGGAAAAAAUUUGUCAUCUUGAGAUAAAUAAUACUGUACAUAGGAUCAUAAAGAAAACGUGCAUUAAUCCAAAUAUAUAAUACAAACGUUUAUUUCAACAUUAUCUUUCCCGUUAGAAAACAUAUUAGCAAGAUCAGUAAUCACCAAGUUUCAUCGUUUCAUAUAUUCAGGCUUACAAUUUCUUCACGAUUUAAUCGGUAUGAAUAAAUUUUCAGAUGUAAUGAGAGUAUUUCUAAUAAAAAUGAACAGGAUAUGAGAAUUUUAUGGUAAAUGAAAAUGUUUCGUGUAAAUUUUUUUUUUAUUUACCGAGGGCUGUUUGCACUAGAGUCGAUUGCAAUGAUUUCUCAAGUAUCAAGUACAAUGCCAACAGAUGACAAACGUAAUGAGUCAAAUA